AUGGCCGCACAGCCCAACGUUAACCCUCUCGAGGCAGACACUGGGCAGAAGAAGGGGAGCAAGCAGCCGCUGCGUGCAUUCUCCAAGUGCAUCCUUCCCAUCGCCAGCGACAGUGCCGUGUGGACCGAUGCCAGGGCCAGGUUGCUGAGACUUGUCCGCGACUACUCUAACAACGAGGACAACAUUGCACCACACGGCGUUGCCUCUGUCUUGCGGGACAUGCUGGACUACAACGCAGAGCACAAGAUCAUUUCGCGACACAUGGCCAACUCUGCUGCGGCUCUUGUCGACGACGCCCUCGUCCUGGCGGUCCUCAACGUCGCCUGCCGUCCACGCCCGGGCAAGCUCAACUCGAAGCAGGUGGCUGAGUGUACUCGGUUUGCUGAUGCCGGCGUUGUUCAUGGCCCUACCUUUGUGUCGAUCUUUUGUGAGCGAGUCCAUCGCUGGACCACGCAGCGGUCGAACCGCCUCGCGCGCAAGCGACGCUGCACGCCCGAGCAGAUCGAGGCUUUCGACUUUGCCACGAUCCACACUCUCAACGCUGACACCAACAAGAUCAAGGCCUUCUUUGCCCCGUUUGCUUCCCACCUGGACGGUAGCGGCGGCAGCGACGGCAGCGCGAGCAGCGACGGCAGCGCGAGCAGCGACGGCAGCGCGAGCAGCGACGGCAGCGACGGCAGCGACGGCAGCGACGGCAGCGACGGCAGCGCGAGCAGCGACGGCAGCGACGGCAGCCACGGCAGCGACGGCAGCGACGGCAGCGCCAGCAGCCACGAUGACGACGCAGCUGGCAACACCAGUGGCUCGGACUUCUCCUGGCCCUUGGGCGAGACGGACGACACCUACUCGGGCGAGAGCGAGGGCGAUGGCUGUAACUUGUUCACAAACGACGCCGAUGGCUCGGUGGCUCACAUGGACCAGAGCGAUGAUGGUGCUGAUUCUUUCGCACUCGAGGUACAGGACAACACCAACGCCAUGCCCAGCUUCGGCUUGGAUCUUCACGGUGGGUCCAACUCGAACCUCUAUGGCUUGGACGCCUGCUACACAUACCUGCCGCUCGAUGUUGCCAGUGAUGCACCUGACCCCACGCCGCCUGCCUCGUCGAUCAACCUCGCCGCCUGCUUCCUGUAG